AUGGGAGCGUACAGAGCGGAUGAGGAUUACGAUUACCUCUUCAAGGUGGUUCUGAUUGGCGAUUCCGGCGUCGAAAAAUCGAAUCUUCUGUCUCGGUUCACGAAGAACGAGUUCAGCCAGCAGUCCAAAUCCACGAUCGGCGUUGAGUUCGCGACGCGUUCGAUUCAGGUCGACGACAAGGUUGUCAAGGCCCAGAUUUGGGACACCGCCGGCCAGGAAAGGGAUUAUUCGAAGAGUGGGCGGAGCAGCAGCAAAAGAAGGCUCGAAAUCGAAAUCGAAGGUCCUCCAAUGGAGGAUAAUUUCUGCAAUUUCAAAACCCUUUUCCCUGGCAUCCAUUCCCCCGAGGGAGCAAAACCCGAAGUCUUGAAGGAUUUGUAUGGCCUUCUCGACGAAUUUUCUUCAAAUGCAAAGUUGAGCUACAAGUUUGCAGCACGUGAAUUCGACCUCGAAAUUUGUCACUAUUGUAUCAAACUGACCUUUGCAGAUAUUAACGAACUCUCUAAUGCACUCUUCACACACUUGGAAGAAAAAUUUGAACGAUUAUUCUCAAACUUAUGUGCCGACGAGAAUCUUCGAGAGAGUAUUAUCUCUGAUUCAGGUUUCUUCGACGCUGUUGAAGUAGUUAAUUUGCUAUUCAGAUGUUGUAUGGUUGUCUUGACUUUGCUCGAACCCAGCCAAAAACUUAUCCUGGAAAAAUGGCCGAUUUUGGCAAGGAUACUCAGAAAGUCGAAUUCGCACCACUUAGUUGAGAAAACGGGGGGAAGAAACACUUUUGUGUUUGAGAAAUCGGUUAUUUGUGGUGAAAAUGGCUGCUGCUCUACAUCCUCUGUUGAGGGCUUCACUGCUUCCUUACAGUUUUUGGAGCCUUACGAUCCUCUCCUUUUUUUCAUGUCUACGAUUCUUGAGGUAUUUGUAGAUGAGCUGUUUACGCAUGGGCAAUUAAGGAAUUACUUCCGGAUGAUUAAUUCUGUUGUUCAUAUCAAUGAAACGCUAUUCAAUUUGCAAUCUGCUCACAGUGAUAUUGGGAUGGAAGCAAUCUGUAACCAUUUUAUCAUCUCAUUUUCCCAUAAGCAAGUUUUCGAAGAUUUUCUCGAUCGACUAUUUUCUACGCAUGCAGUAGAAGAAAAAUAUCCUUACAGAGCGCCAGCUUUGAGCGUUACGACAGCUGUAUCGUUACUUCUUAACCCUAUCAUGGUUUCUGCUCCGAAAUACGUUCAAGCCCAUUUGAUUUCACUAGUUUCCGAAGCAGUUAAUAUCAAGAACUUGCAACCGGAUCGUAAACUAACCAACUGCUUCCUAUCAACCUUCGAAAAAUCCGUCGCUUUGUACAUGCGACACAUGUCUUGUUUGCAAACAGAUGGGUAUCCGUAUUCGGGCUUCACUUCCGAUUCACCGCACGGUAUUGCUUACCCACCAUUCGAGCUUUACGUAACCCCAGAGACGAAAAAUAAGGUCGAUCGUCUAAUCGCCGAUUUGAAUCUGGACUUGGACGACAGUUUAUUUAGGAUGAAAUCGGACAUGGUGAGUUCUUGCAUGAGAUUCGCGAAGGAGUGUCAGAACGCUUACGCCCUAUCGUGCGAAGACGAGAUCUUAUCCAUCUUAAGCUGCUUGAUCCUCAAAGCCUCUGAAAGCUACGACGACGAAGCUGUACGUCCGAUCGAGCGUGCAUCUCUGCAGAAUAUAUAUCUUCUUGCUUCUAUAUUGAAACUAAUGAGCAUCUCGUUACUACAAACUAUUCGAUGCCUUAGAAACAGUGAUGAAUUACGUCGCCUCAAGACCUUGAAAGACUUGCCCUCGUGCAAGGAGUAUAAGUUCGUUUUAGGCGCAAUCGCGUGUUUCGGUGAUUUGGACAUCGGUUUGUCGUUACAACAAGAUCUAUCCAAGGCGAUGUCUAAUCAUCCUACGAGGCAUGUGGAUUCGAAGAUGAUGUUCUUGCAUUUCUCGGGACUGAUGUCACUAAGCUUUGUCACUGGGCUCGAUUGCUUAGUGAAGGCCUGUUUGUUGGCAAUUCUUGCUCUGUUGAAUCUAUUUAUUUUCGAGGAGGGUGACCUGGACGCGUUGGAAUCUUUAAGUGAUGCCAAGAACGGAUCUUUUUCGUUUAUCGGAUUCCAUGAGACUAAGACUGACCGAAACUCCAGCUUUGUGGUCGCAUCGAAGUUCCAUAAGAUACAGUCUCUUUAUUCGAGUCUAAAGGAAAAUAAAUAUAACACAAGGGAAACUUUGAGUUCAGAAACUUUGGAUACGGAGCGAGUUGCGGGCUUAGAAGAAGAAACGGAAGAGACGAGCAACGGGGAGUUUUUCUUGAAGUGCGUUUUAAAUAUGGGAGAAAAUAACGAUUUUGAUGAUUUGGCCAGUUUUGUUGAAUGCAAACAAGGUAAGGAUUACUCAUCUUGGUUCAAGAAUCGUAAAAAAUAUCGAUGUCGGGUAUUGGAGAAAAUGGCGGUUCUAAGGUGGAAAAGAAAGAAAAGGACUUGGAAAACGUUAAAAGGGAAGACAAAAAAUUGUUAGGCGGCUAGCUAUUAUUACCUCUAAACGCUUCUUGACCGCGAGUUGAAGAUUCAAUUGUUUUUUGUAGUUAACAUGCUCAAAUUGCUCAGAUGAAUAUUUUGUUGGAAUGUGACUUCCAUUUCAAAAUUGCCUACGGUGCUAAAAUUCGACUCUACGGUUCAGGGCUGAUCGACUGCUCGAGCAUUGAAAUAGUACCUGCUAAAAUGUUGAUCUUCGUAAAAGUGAAUAAAACAUGUAUGUGUAUAUUUAUGUGUAACUACUAGUAAAGAAAUAAGAAUAUUUAAUAUAUUAAUAAGAGUUAAUUGCAAA